AUGUGGGGCAUGUACUUAGGAACGAACCUUGCUUGGAGGCAUGGAAUCACUCAUCUCCAUGUUGAAAGUGAUUCUAAAGUGCUGAUAGAUAUGGUGACUGAUAGAGUUAAGCUCAAUGAAAGCACCCCCACUUUGGUGCUUCGCAUUAGACAUCUUCUUCGCAUUAGAAGCGCAUAUUGGCUUGCUAAUUUUAGUUACUCUCUUGAUUCUUUUGACAUUCAUGUUUUGGAGUUUCCUCCUAGAGAGCUUCAAAGUAUGCUUUUUGACCACAUAUCUAGAGCUUGCAUGCCCAGAAAUGUUCUUGUAAUAUUGUAG